AUAUUCCAAAGAGCACAAAAUAUACAUAAAAAAAGCUCAUUUGCCUAUACAUAUUAGCAAGCAAUGGAAAGAGUUGGAGUAUUGCUCUUCUCUUUUCUCGCCUUGGCAAUGAGUUUGCAGGUCGGUUUUUUGUGGGCGGCGGUGACGCUACCGCCGGAGGAUGAGCCGUUGGAUCGACAUUUCUACAAGAAGCCUAAUGCGACGUGCCCAAAUGUGGAUGAUUUUGUGAGGCAUCAGGUCACUUUGUUUUGGAUGCAGGAUAAGAGCAUUACUGCCAAAUUGUUCAAGUUGCUCUAUGCUGACAGCAUGGUCAAUGGGUGUGAUGCAUCAAUUCUACUGGACGGAAAAAAUACAGAGAAAAAGUCACCACUAAACGCAGGUCUAGGAGAGAAGAUAUUCAUACUCAUUGACAAAAUCAAAACAGUAGUGGAGCAACGAUGCCCUGGAGUUGUCUCUUGUGCCGAUAUCCUCAACCUUGCUACCAGAGAUGCCGCUCAUCUGGCAGGGGCACCAUCAUACCCAGUGUUCUUGGGAAGAAGGGAUGGAUUUGGGUCAAGUGCUGCAUGGGUUGACUACCCCUCACCUUCAAGUUCUUGGGCAACAGUUCAGAACUAUGCUAUUUCGAAAGGACUCGAUCAGCAGGAUCUGGUUACUCUCCUAGGUGCACACACAAUGGGGACAACACACUGUCAAUACAUCCGGGAUCGCCUGUACAACUUCAACAAUACAGGCAAACCAGACCCCAAGAUGGACAAAUCUUUACUAAAAACUUUGAGAAACCAAUGCCCUCAAACGACAACUAAAGGAACAAACGAUCCUGUGGUCUAUUUGAACCCUAAAAAUGGUCCCAAGUACGAAUUCACCAACAACUAUUACAAGGGAGUGAAAUCAUAUAAAGCUGUCCUGGGGAUUGAUCAACAACAAAUGUGGGGAAACUAUUCAUUUGUUGAUGCAUAUGCAAAAUCUUUUGAAGCAUUCCGCCAAGAGUUUGCUUUGUCAAUAAGCAGGAUGGGUGGCUUGAAAGUAUUGACUGGGACAAAUGGCGAAAUCCGCAAAAAUUGCCGGGUUACAAAUAGAAACAAUCCAAGCAUCAAGUAGGAUCGAUUUUUAGCAUUGAACAUGCAGUGAUUACGUCCUCGUUAUGUUAUAAUAAAAUCUUUAGAAUAUGUACUUCUAUUAUUGUAUGAAAACAAAGGUACAUUACAAACUUCUCCAACA